AUGGCAGAAUACGACGAUAUUCUCAACUCUCUCGAAGAUGACAACUACUACGCCAUAGAUGGAGAUGACCUCUCACCAUCCCUGCAGCCCUGGUCCAACUCCACCGACCUCGAAGAGCUCGACCUUGAAAGCCUAAACUUUUCUUCCGAUGCAUCAUGGAUCGACCCUUUAGAAUCCGCCAUAACGGCAACGCGCAACGGCUCAGCUUCAGUCCUCAGCACCCUCUCCCAGUUCACCACCAUCCUCUCUCAAACGGGUAUCCACGGCCCCCGUCUCUUGAAAGCAGUCAACCUCUCGGUUCGAGCGACUAAGAUCGGCUCCGGCGCACAAUUCACCGUUUUCAAAGACCCCAUUUUUGAAGGAGAGGUUAUCAAACGCGUUAAUGUUCCGCUAUCAAGUCGAGCUGAACAACGGUUCGCUGCAAGCAACGAUUAUCGCCUCCAGUUAAAGACAUUGGAGCUUGAGCUCCUAUCGCUCUGCAACCCGGUUCUGCGCGCACAUCCUAAUAUCACCAGUCUUCUAGCAUGGGGGUUUGAUUUCCCCUUUGCGGAUCUCGCUGUUCCUGUGUUAUUCAUGGAAGCAGCGCUCAUGCCUUUGGGUGAUUUUCUCUCUGCUGAGGAAAGGAGUGUUGGAGUCAAGUAUCAGCUUGCACUGGGUGUAGCAAAUGGACUGGAAGCGUUGCACAAUCUCAAUAUCGUGCAUGGAGAUGUCAAGCCGGAUAAUGUGCUUGUCUUUGUCGGCCCAAACGAUAAUAUGCCUUUCCAAGCUAAGCUGAGUGAUUUUGGAGUUUGUGUUGAUCUCGAGGCACCUGAAGGGAAAUUUACAUUGGAUGAUUAUCGAGGAACACCGGCUUGGUUGGCGCCUGAGGUGCUGAAUGGUGAUGUUUCGAGAUUUGGAGGGUUCUCGUCGGAGUUCAUGUUCAAGUUUGAUGCUUAUAGCUUCGGAGUGGUACUGCUGUCGAUUUUUACAAGCAACGGCGAUGCCCCGGCAUUGAGCAGUGAUUUUAGGAAGAUCUCUGAUCGCACUUCUCAAUUACUCAACGGCCUGAAAGAUAUACCCUCGCUUAUUAACAUGCAGCUGCGCAAGGCAGUACUGACUCUACUAACCGAGGAUCCUCGAAACCGGCCACUUCCAAGUUCAACUCUUUUGAAGACAGAUACGCUAACAUACGCAUCUUGGCUUUCCUCAAUCCAAACAAGCUCCACGGUCAGUCAUGUUGGUAUCAUUGACCCAGUCUACAACAAAGGCCCGCUGUUUUGGUACAGACUUGACGAGAGUAUCCGCACGGAGCUCGAAGAGCAACAUGCGCUUAGCAAGGAAGGCAAUGCUCCUCCAUUUGCGGGAGACGUUCUCUUUGGAAUGGCGCAGACAAUCACUGGACAGAAGCCUUCUUAUCUUGAUCGUAUGCUGAACUAUCUGGGCGAUGCAGCAAAGACAGGAUUUUCACCUGCUCGGGCUGUUUAUGCCCAAAUUAUGGAAGCACAUGGUCAAAGGUCAGAAUUUACACAGGAAAUCUUGGAUGAGUGGAUGCUGCAGGCUGUUUCUGAGGGUUAUUUCUUUGCCAAAUCUGGUCAGCUUGACAAGAGAGUUGAAGAGGCAAAAGACCAGUUCAGAGCCAACGGAGGAUUCUGUUCGGAUGCAUUUUUGGGGAAUAAAGAUGUUAAGGCUGCAGUCAUCCAGAACAAGGUGUUGGAGUGGAGAGGGAAGAGAGGUGAUGUUGUUGAUCGCAAGGACAACACAAUCUUGCAUGCAGCUGCUGCUUUUGGGUCUAUUGGCUCCGUGCAGAGCUUACUGAAUGCACAAAUGGGAGUGGAUGUGGAGAAUAAGAAUGGAGAGACGCCAUUGUACAAGGCAUUCCAGGCAGGCCAUGCCAAAGUGAUUCAGAUACUGCUUGACCGUGGUGCAAAUGCGUCCUGCAAGACUCAACAGAAGCUCACUCCUCUGCAUUGGCUGUUUAUGGUCCCAGAUGCUUCAAUCAACGAAAUUUCAAAGCGGAUGGUUGAAAAAGGAGCAGAUGUGAACUCCGUCAUGGAGCCUGUGAUUAAGGAGAACAGCGGUGGAUUCCCAGAGAAGAUCCAGAUCCUUCAUUAUCCGUUUGAACUUCCUCACGGUACACCGUUCCACUGGGCGUGCUUUUUCCGCAAUAUUACAGCUAUGGAUGCUCUGAUCUCACUCGGUGCCAACAUCAACGUAGUUUACCAUGGCUUGGAUGCAUCAACAACUCCGCUUGCAUUAGCAGCAUACUUUGGAGAGCCUACUCUAGCCAAAUACCUGAUCUCUCACGGUGCGGAUGGUACUCUGGUCAACUCGAUGAAACGAAAUACAUUGCAUAGCAUCACCAAAUACUUCCCCGAUCGACAUGGCUACCUGCCUCAUCACUGGCAUUAUUGGAUUCGCCACGGAACUUGGGAGAACCAUCUGGCACAAAUGACAGAUUUGGUCAAAGACUUGGUCAAUGCUGGAGCAGACAUCAACUCCAAAGACAAGGGAUAUCCAUAUCUGACCCCUAUCGCAGCAGCCGCCGAUCUAGGAGUCUGGGAUAGUGGCAUGAUAUGUGCGUUGUUGGAAGCAGGAGCUGAGCUGAGUGAAUCACUCUUGUCAGCUGGAGAUACAGUCCUGCAUUCAUGGGUUUCCAUCAUCGGACCACGUCUGGACUAUCCCAACUCGUACAUUCCGACUUUACAGAAAAUAGUCGACGCCAUGCCAACCAUCGACAUUAUCAACCGCUUCGAAGAGGAAACUCCUCUCCAUCUAUUGACAACAAUUUAUCACCCAGAAGACGAGUUCGAGAACGCAUGCAAUAUCCUCCUGAACCACUCCCCUCCAGCAAAUAUAAAUGGAAAAACACGCCGAGGCGAAACCCCACUAUCAAUAGCCCUCGAAACAAAGCUCAGUCCCGCACGACGAGGUCGCUUCCUCUUGGAAAAAGGCGCCGAUCCCCUGAUCCUCAAAGACCAAGGGAGAGACAUACUUUACUCCAUCGCCGAGAACAUCGUCCUAACCGACCAAGAAAGCCACGACCUAAUCAACAACUUCCUCAGCCACCUCAACCCAAACAUCGAACAAGCCUACAAAACACACUAUCUCCCCCAUGCAAACAGCAACGAAACCCUCUUCGCAGCCGCAACCCGCGGCAAACCCAAAACAAUAUCCCUCCUUCUAAUCCUCGGUCUAACGAAAUCAAUCAAUAACCCAACUAACCCCAUCUCAACCUCAAACUCACCCUCCUCAAAAACAAAACCCCAAGCCUGGACACCCCUAGACCAAGCCCUCCACCACGCCGAACUAAGUCGCCGCGCACACAUCCGCAAGCUAGCCACCUACAAAGCCGGAAACGCACGCACAAAAGCCCUCGAAGCAAACCUUGUCUACGACGACCAUCAAGGCCCGCCAUCACGCGCAGCGGAGGCAUAUAAGGGUUUCCCGGAUGUUAUACGGAUCUUGCGAGAUGCGGGUGCUAAGCGGAUGUGCGAAUUGCAAGGGAGUUCACGGGGGGAUUAUAUUGAGCAGCCUGGGAGUUGGGAUGAGAGUGAGAUUCUGGAGUUUGGGUUCCCGGUUGAAAAUCAGCCGAAUCGGGAGGUUUGGGGGGUUUUGUAUGAGCUUGCUAGGUAUGAGGAUCAGAAGAAGAGUUGGUUGGGGGUACUUACUGGUGGGAGGAUUGGCUGA